AUGGGCGCCGCCGCCACCUGGGCGCUCUGGAUGCAGCAGCACGCGCCGGAUGUGGAGGGCCUGCUGGCGCGCGCCUUUGGCGGCACCGGCCUGCUGCGCGGCGGCACGUCCGACUAUGUCAUGGCCCUGGCCAUCGCCUGCGCCUUCCCCCUCAUGCGCUACAUCAUGGACCGGCGGGUUUAUGGGCCUAUCGCGUCGCGCGUGCUGGGCGUCCCCCGUGGCGACCCCAAGAAGACGGAUGUGGCAGUCAGCCAGGAGCAGCUAGACACCCUGGACAAGUUCAAAGAAUCGGCCUACAAGUGCGGCGUGCAAAUCUGCUUCAGCGUGGUGCUCCUGCUGGUCGGCCUGAACAAGCCCUGGUUCUAUGACACCAAGCUCUACUGGGCAGAAUGCUCAUGGCCGUGCAAUGUCCCAAUCAGCUACGGCGAGCGCUUCGUAUAUUGCCUGGUGCUAGGCUUCUAUGUGCAGGCGGUGCCCAUGCUGUUCCUGUGGGAGACCAAGCGCAAGGACCGCCUGGAAGUGUUUGCGCACCACGUGGCCACCAUCGUGCUUAUUGCCUACUCCUACUACCUGAACCUGACGCGGGUGGGAGUCAUGGUGCUCGUCUGCCAUGAGAGCAAUGACAUCUUUCUGGAGGCAGCAAAGAUGGCGCGGUACGCCAAGCAUGAGGCCCUCACCACCGCCAUCUUUGUGGUGUUUAUGCUGAGCUGGUUCACUACACGCGUGUUCAUGUUCCCCGCCUUUGUCAUCCGCAGCACGCUUUUCGAGUCGAUGGCGCGUGCAGAGGUGGUGGGCGCCUACAUCCAGCCACACCACGCCAUUCUCAACGGCUUCCUCAUCUUCCUAUACUGCCUCCAUGUCUAUUGGUCGUACCUCAUAUUGAGGAUCGCAAUCAAGCAGCUGACCACGGGUGGUGCAGACGACAUCCGCGAGGUGCCUCCAGCUGAGCGAGCCGUGGUGCCAAAGAACCGAGUCGCGUCUGUGGGCAGCAUGCCCAGCCCAGAGUGA